CAUCUCAGAAUCUCAGGAUUGUGCUGUUUGGGAAGAGUGAUGGUCUAAAGACAACACUCUGCAACUUUAUCCUCGGUAACCAAGGCCGUGAUUUCCAGAAACGUAACCCAGUCAAACACUGUGUGGCCAUCUGUAGAGAGUGGAGAGGAAAUUCUCUAACAGUGGUGAAAACGCCAGACAUCUUUAGUCUGUCUGUGGAAGCACUGACAGCAGAGAUGAGAAGCUAUGUGACUUUUUGUCCCCCUGGACCAAAUGUGCUGCUGCUGUUAGUGGAACCUUCUAAGUUCACUGAGAAUAACAGAAAAAUACUGAAGUUCAUCCUGAGUCUGUUUGAUCAAGAUGCCUUUAAAUACUCCAUGGUCAUCAGCACACAGGAAGGGGAAGAAACUAAUUUCUCUAUCUGGAAGCUCCGUAAAGAUUGUGGAGGACGACACUACAACAUGGUUAAAAAUGACCACAGACUGUUAAUGGAGAGGAUUAAGAACAUUGUGCGUGAAAACAAAGAAGCCUUCCUCACCUUCACUGAAGAGCCCAUCAGAGCAGCUUUAAACCUGGUCCUGUGUGGGAGGAGAGGAGCAGGGAAGACUUCAGCAGCCAAGGCCAUUUUAGGUCAGACAGAGCUUCAUUCAGUCUCCAGCUCAUCAGAGUGUGUUAAACAUCAGGGAGAGGUGUGUGGACGUUGGGUUUCCCUGGUGGAGCUGCCUGCCUUGUAUGGAAAAUCUCAGGAGGCAGUGAUGAAGGAAUCAUUCAGGUGUAUCUCCCUCUGUGAUCCUGAGGGCGUCCAUGCCUUCAUCCUGGUCCUACCUGUGCGUCCCCUCACUGAUGAAGACAAGGGAGAGUUAGAGACCAUCAGGAACACAUUCAGCUCUGGAGUCAUUGACUUCACCUUGAUCCUGUUCACUGUGGAGUCAGAUCCUACAGCUCCAGAUAUUGAUUAUGUAAGACAGAACAGAGACAUCCAGGAGCUCUGUCAGAGCUGUGGAGGAAGAUAUGUUGUCUACAACAUGAGGAACAAGCAGCACAUCGCUGAGAUGUUGGAUACUGUGGAGAAAACAUGCUGCUACACAACAGAGACAUUUGCACAUGCCCAAAUAGAGAAGAUCAUUCAACAGGAGAAAUGUAUCAACAUGCAACAAGCUGAACUUCAGAUGCUGAAAAAGAGCAACAUCACUUGUGAUGAAGAGGAGCAGGGCCCAGAGUGUCUCAGGAUUGUGCUGAUAGGGAAGACUGGCUGUGGGAAGAGUUCUUCAGGAAACACCAUCCUAGGAAGGAAGGAGUUUAAAGCUGAAUUAAGUGGAAAAUCAGUCACCAAACGCUGUCAGAAAGCAGUGGGUGAGGUGGAAGGUCGUCCUGUUGCUGUGGUCGACACUCCUGGUCUGUUUGACACAACUUUGUCCCAUGAAGAGGUUAAUGAGGAGAUGGUGAAAUGCAUCAGUCUUCUGGCUCCAGGACCACAUGUCUUCCUGUUGGUGUUACAAAUCGGCAGAUUUACACCAGAGGAGAAGGAGACAUUAAAACACAUCAAGGAAGGCUUUGGGAAGAAUGCUGAACAGUUCACCUUCAUUCUUUUAACUGGAGGAGAUAAACUGGAACAUGAGGAGAUGUCUAUUGAAGAAUACAUUGAAGAAAGAUGUGAUGACUCCUUUAAGAAGCUGAUUGCUGACUGUGGAGGAAGAUGCCAUGUGUUCAAUAACUAUGAUGAAGACAAG